UUUAGGUGCAUCAGUCGUCAUUUCACAUCGCUUCAGUAGGACGGAAAGAGAACGUCUGGACUCACUUUCAUCAAAUUUCUCUUACAACUGUAGUGGAGAAUUGCCUACUGCCUAUGAACUGAAACUCAACUAAUUCCAAAACUAAGUAGAUCCUUGUGAAGUGACGCAUAAGCCAGUAGCUUUCUAGUGUCGAUAGUUUGAAUUUUUGGGCACCUCCAUGUUAGCUAAGGGUUAGAGAGAGGAAAUGGCUGUGGAAAGCAUGACUGUCCAUCCAAACUCCCCAACUUCCAACCACGAACACAACAGUCUCCUGACUGACGAAAGGCCAGAGGAUGGCGAGCUGGAGGAGGGUGAGCUGGAGGAUGACGGCGGCGAGGUGGAGAUGGGAGGCGCAGCGUCUGUUGAAAGAGGAGGCGCAGCGGUGGGAGAGGAAACAGGUGACGGCGGCGCAGCAGGGGACGCUGGUGGCAGUGGUGGCGGCGAGCGUCCUCCUCGAAGCCGGGAGCGUCAUGCCAGCAGCAACUCUGACGACGAACGCUCACACCGGCGCAAGCGCAAGAGGAAGAAAGAGAGGGAACGUGAGCGGGAGAAGAGGCGCGCCAAGAAGAAACGCAAGUCCAAGCACAAACGUCAUGCCUCCUCUGAUGACGACUUCUCGGACUUCAGCGACGAUUCCGACUACUCUCCCAGUGAGAAGAGGAAGUACAGAGAGUACAGCCCCCAGUACCCACCCACUUCCCAUGGCGGUUACAGCGGCCCUAAGAAGGGAGGCUACAUGAAGAUGGACAAGCAGGGCUACGGCGGCUACGACGACUACGAGGAGGACAACUACGAGGGCGAGGAGGAGCAGGACAUGGGCGGCGAGGAGUACGACGACUUUACCAAGGAGCUCCACAUGUACCGCAAGGCCAAGGAGGGGGGACGUGGAGGACGAGGGGGCCGCGGUCGCAUGAGGAACAUGAGGGGCCGUGGUGGCAUGAGGGGCGGGCGGCGAGGAGGACGAGGAGGCAGCCGAGGAAGAGGAGGACGAGGUGGAAAGAUGGGAGACGAUGAUGGAGAUGGUUAUGGGGAAGACAUGGAGUAUGAAGACGACUACGACAACAUGGGGGAAGAUGACUACGAUGACUAUCAGUACAAGAAGUCCAAAGACAGAGGAAGAGGCAGAGGCGGCCGUGGAAGAGGUCGAGGCAAAGGAGGACGAGGCAUGAUUAGAGGCAAAAUGAGAAGCCGAGGACGAGGGCGAGGGGACAUGGGCCACGACGACGACAACAACGGAGACAUGGACAAUGGGGAUGGUGGAGGGGAUGUUGGAACAGGAACUGGCAAGAGGAAUCACAAUGAGAAGUACCAAGAUAAGAAAGGAAAAGCCAUUUGCAAAUACUACAUUGAAGGCAGAUGCACCUGGGGGGACCACUGCAACUUUAGCCAUGACAUUGAGUUGCCCAAGAAGAAGGAGCUGUGCAAGUUUUACAUCACUGGCUACUGUGCUCGAGCUGACCACUGCCCUUAUAUGCAUGGUGAAUUCCCCUGCAAGCUGUUCCACACCACGGGCAACUGCGUCAAUGGUGAUGAGUGCAUGUUUUCCCACGACAACCUCAACGACGACACCCAGGAGCUGCUUAACAAGAUGCUGGCUGAGGAUGCAGAGGCUGGGGCAGAGGACGAGAAGGAGGUGGAGGAGCUGAAGAAGCAGGGGAUCAACCCUCUGCCCAAACCUCCGCCCGGAGUGGGCCUACUGCCCACUCCUCCGCGACCGGUACCGGUUGAAGCCAAUGUCGGGGCGGGGGAUUUUGGAGGCCCCGCAGCCGGUGACUUUGGGGGCGUCCCAGCUGCCAAUCAGGCACCCAUCGCCACCAAGGCUUCCCCCAGUGGGUCUGGGAUGGUUCCCUCGCCGAACUCCUGCGCUGGAGGUCCUCCCGUACAAAAUCCAGAGGGAGCUCCUUAUGCACAAGGAGCACCCUUGAAUCCCAGUGGGCCCUCCCCUCACAUGGGCCCCCCGCCUGCUGGUGGUGGAGGGGGAGGCGGGAAGAAGAUCCCCUCCUUGUUUGAGAUCAAAGUGCAGCCAACCGGACAGCUGGCUCAUAAACUGGCUGUUAAAAGCCAGGGACCUGGUAACAACCAGGCAGCAACCGCAGCACCUGGUGCACCGGGGGCGCCCCCGACAUGCUUCCCCUCCGAGAACAUGGGGACAUUCGCGUCUGGCGAUUGCCCUCCACACGGAGGCGCCUUGCAGCCUCAGGGCGGAGGAAACUACUUCAACACCUUCUUCAAUCAAGAUGGAACGAAGAUGGAAGGAGUGGUGGAAGAGGGUGACAACUACCAAGCAGGUGCUGGCAAGUUAAGCAGCCAGGAGGACGCCACCAACGGAGCCAGUCAGGGAGGAUUAUCUGUUUCGGACCUCCUCCCUCCUGCACAGCGCGUCCUCUUCAUGAGGAUCCAACAGAAGCAACAGGAGGAGGAGGAGCGAGCCCGCCGCAUGGAUGGAAGCACAGAGAAGAGCAGAGACACUGAGGGUGACUCUGGCAACUGGUAUUCCAGCGAGGAUGAGGACGGUGGCGGCAGCGUAACGUCAAUCCUGAAGACGCUCCGGCAGCAGACACAGGCUCCUUCAAAGUUGGAGGCGCCGAGCGACCCUCGGCUCCAGAAGGCCACAAACCCCCCGGCUCGGCCCGCCGACCCGCGCCUGGCUCGCGACCCACGUCUGGCCCGCGCCGUCGAACCCGACCUGGUACCGCCUGCGUCUUCAUCGGGUCCACCAGCAGACCCGCGGUUAGCCCGACUGGCUGCCGCAUCGGCUGCGUCCGCUGCCCCCAAAGCAGAGCCCCCUCUUAUCUACAAACCGCCGCCCCUCACAGCGCCGGCAGCGGAGGAAGAGGAGACGGAGCGAGUCCUGCGAGACAAGCCGGUCCCGAUCCCUCUGGACCCCCUUAUGGGAAUGGCCCUGAGGGACCCCCGCUCCCAGCUGCAGCAAUUCAGCCACAUCAAGAAGGACAUCAUUCUCCACAUGCCCGCUUUCUCCAAAACCAUAACCUGGUCUCCCGAGGACCUUCUCCCACUCCCCCUGCCCAAACAGGACCUCCUUCCUCUCCCCCCAGGCAUUCCUCUGGUGCCCUCCCUCGACCCACGUUUGUCCCGCGUUGUCCACCCCCACUCGCUGUCUCCUCCCGUAGCAGCGGCCCCCUCCUCGGACCCCCCAGCUCCCUCGUCAUCCUCCUCGCUCCCAGACUUUGAGCUGCUGUCUCGCAUCCUGAAGACUGUAAGCUCGAGCCCUUCUCAAUCUUCGUCCCCUCCCCUGGUGCCCACUCCUGCUCCCCCUUUGGUGCUGCUGAGUCAACCUCACUCUCUUCCACCCUCCCCCGCGGAAAAACCUGUCGAUCCCCGCAUGGCACGGAAGGGCCCCACGGACCCCCGCCUCCAGCAGAAGUCGGCCCUCAAGCAGCCACCUGAACCUCUGCCACCCCCACCUGAAUCCUCUUCCUCUGCGGGGUCCACAUCCGGAUCCCCGCCAUCCACCAUCGCCCCCUACGAUCCAAGGCUUCUCUCCUCUGGUGGGGCUGGACGCAGUGCGGCACCCAGCACACCAGGGGGCGGAAAUGUACUGAGCAGCAUCAGUCUGUAUGACCCUCGGACUAACAAACCAGGAAGCCCUGGUACCGCCGGCGGCCCUAACAACUCCCCCAACUCGGAAUCCCGACUUGGCGAGCCCUCCGCGAGCAAAACCAAACCCAAGGAGCCCUUGUUUGUCCGCAAAUCUGCGCUGGACCAACCAGAGCCAGAGAAGAGUGGGGAGCAAGGCACGGACCGAUACAACAGCUACAACAGACCACGACCCAAACCCGCGCCUUCGCCCAACUCUGCUGCCCAGGGGGGGCCUCCCGCCGGGGGUCCCCCCACUCCUGGAGCCCCGGCAGAGCAGGCGCCCGCCGGCGUCCACAACCUGCCCGUGUCCACCCUCUUUGGUGUGGUAAAGCAGGCGGCCAAGCCUGGUGGGACCAGUAGUCCAUUUGGUGGGAACAGUCCAGCUCAGACUGAGCAGCCAACCACAGAGCAGGACAAUGGGUCACUCAAGGACGUUUUCAAGGGCUUCGAUCCCACAGCCUCGCCCUUCUGCCAGUGACAGCGGUCAACUCCUGACAUGUUGAUUCAGCAUGGACGCACACCAUGAGUGUGAAAGACUUUUUGGGAUGUGGGAGAGUUAAAUGUUUAUUUUAAACAGAGGAAUUGUUGUACAAGUGUGGACAGAACAGACAGCGUUUUAGCAUUCACUCAUUACCUCACCCAUCUCACCUCCAACCAACGCAUAGAAUACUGAUGGAAUAUUCAUUUUCAUGAUUUGUGUUAUGUUAUGAUUAACUCAGCAGCACCACUGCCUGUUUGUUUCCUUUUUUGAAUAUUUAUUUUUCUACUACCAUGCACUGUCCCGCCAGGGAGGGUCCAGUUUUUAAUGUCUGUCACCUUAGCAGUUUCAUUAAGGUAGUCCCUUCUUCUUGCUACCCUCCACUACUGUUGCUCCUUUUGCUGAGGAAGAGAAAUCAGUAGUUUCAGAGUGGGAGUGUCUAUGUUGCGUCUCUUGGCGUUCUUGAUGGCGGCGUGACAAUCACAAACCUUUUACCGCUGCUCAUCAUUGAGAAUUCGAUGAAGUUCUCUCCGGAGAUAGGAGCUUUGAGACCAUCUCCAUCAGACAGGACCCUCUUUUGUAAACAAUGUUUCUUUUAAUUUAUUUUUAUACUUAAAAUUUACUUCUACAUACUCAGCAUUUGUUGUUUUAUCACAGUGGUUUUUUUGUUGUUUUUUUUAUCAGUUUCUGUCAUUCAAUGCACAAUUUCUUUCCCCUUUUGGGCUUUGUAAAUCUGCUUUUUUUUUUUUUU